AUGCCGUUUCGUGUCCUUCCUCCAGAAUUUUACAGCCCGAAUAGCUCAACUUUGUCUCUCCUUGACGAUGACGAGAUGAUGCUGUUUUUCCCGGCAACCGGUCAUGCGCAGAAUUCAGAUUUGACAACGCCAAGUCGUCAGCCAGAGGAGUUUGUAGCUAAGGAGUUGGAUCUGCGUCGACUCAAAGAAGUUUCAGGCUGGUUGUGGUUCGCCGGCCGACUAGAGCCACCCCGCCCAUUACAUUUACAGCUUUUGCUGGGUCGGGCAAUCACAUGUACCGAGCAAAUGGACUUGCAUCUCAUCUGGUCUACUGGUCGAAUAUUCAUCAAGCCUAUCCCUCGAUUCCUGCUUAACCGACAUAUGUGGGGUCAAUAUCUUAGUUGCAAGGCAGGAUGCAGUCGCGACAGUUUGGAACAUAAUACCCCUUGUUCUCCUCAGUGUGGUCGUCAAACGCUUCGGAAGAACGCACACGGUUUCCUUUUCUCUUGGGCAGCGCUGGUACGCUACGAAAGCGACUUUUGGAUAGCCAAAGAGAAACAUUUAAUACCGAAUGAGGUUGAAUGGCCACAAUGGGUAAAGUUCGUUGAGAGUUUGAAUCUGGAACAUAUUUACCCGCACGUCAGCCCGCGGUUUUACCAUGGAGAACUCCGCCUAAGUCGCCUAGAUCUGAUAUACCGCUUUUGGUACACCCCUCUCAAUGGUUAUCUGUCGCGUUGGAACCAAUAUGCUACCAUGCUUCGGGAGAACUUCGACUGGCUAGCCGUGGUGGUGGUGUACGUUGUUGUUAUACUAACGGCCAUGCAAGUUGGUCUUGCUACGGAAACUCUUGCUCAUAAUGAAGCAUUCGUGGCUGUCUCAUACCAGUUUUCAAUAUUCUCAAUAUUUGUACCAAUUGCCUUCACCAUCCUACUCCUCAUGGUUUUCUGCUUCGUCUUUAGCUAUGGCUGUAUCGAUACGAUACAAGUAAGGAACAAGAGGCUUCGACAUAUACUGCAACAAUCUUUAGAGUAG